GGAUCAGGAUUUGCAGCUCAGCUAUAUAAACCCGGCAGGAUCGGGCUGAUGUGACCAGUUCGCUUUGCUGUCAAAGCUCUCCGUAAGCACCCGGCAUCAGGCAGCGCAACUUCGCCGAGUUCUGACAGGACGGCAACAAAGUCGGGAGCCGGGAGCUGAUUGAACAUCUUAUUUAUUUCAUGGAGACUGCUCCCAGCGGGAUCUAAGCUCCGGCAGAGGCUGGAAGGGACCAAGUGUGCCAGCAAAGAAAAGGAUACCCAGCUUGGCUUGAAGUGGCUCUCCAAUUUCUGCUCCAGAUUACAAAGGCCAAACAGACAUAAGACUCUCCCAGCUGGAAACAGGACCCGAGCAGCGCCAUGGCACUGCCCAGCCGGGUUUUGGCCUGUGCCAUCCUCGCUCUGCUGUGCCAGCACGUCAGGGGGGGGCUCAUCAAGAGAAUCAUCCGGCACAAGCGGGAGACCGGGCUCAACGUGACCCUGCCAGAGGACAACCAGCCCGUGGUUUUUAACCACGUCUACAACAUCAAGCUGCCCGUGGGCUCCCUCUGCUCCGUGGACCUGGACGCGGCGAGCGGCGACGCGGACCUGAAGGCGGAAAUCGAGCCGGUCCGGAAUUCCGAGGAGCACACGGUGAACGAGGGGAACCAGAUCGUCUUCACGCACCGGAUUAACAUUCCCCGGCGGGCCUGCGGCUGUGCAGCUGCCCCAGACAUUAAGGAUCUGCUGAGCAGACUAGAGGAGCUGGAGGGGCUGGUAUCCUCCCUCCGGGAGCAGUGUGCCAGCGGCGCUGGAUGCUGUCCCAAUUCCCAGGCAGCAGAAGGUCGCCUGGACACCACCCCCUACUGCAGCGGGCACGGCAACUGGAGCGUGGAGAUCUGCGGCUGCGUGUGCGAGCCGGGCUGGAAGGGCCCCAACUGCAGCCAGGCCUCGUGUCCCUCCGACUGCAACGACCAGGGCAAGUGCGUGGAYGGGCUCUGCCCACGAGAGGAGGAGCUGGAACACAGUCAGCCAGAGGUUGUGUGCAAGUGUGAGGUGUCUCCUCCAACCGAGCUGACGGUGACCAACGUGACGGAUAAAACUGUCAACCUGGAAUGGAAACAUGAGAAUCCUGUCAAUGAGUACCUGGUCACCUACGUCCCCACCAGCACUGGGGGCUUGGACAUGCAGUUCACUGUGCCAGGAAACCAGACAGCUGCCACCAUCCACGAGCUGGAGCCGGGGGUGGAAUAUUUUAUCCGUGUCUUUGCCAUCCUUAAAAACAAGAAGAGCAUCCCAGUCAGUGCCAGGGUAGCCACAUAUCUCCCUGCUCCAGAGGGUUUGAGGUUCAAAUCUGUUCGAGAAACGUCCGUCCAGGUGGAGUGGGACCCUCUGAACUUUUCCUUUGAUGGCUGGGAGCUGGUCUUCCACAACAUGAAAAAGGAUGAUAAUGGAGAUAUAACCAGCAGCUUGAAAAGGCCAGAGACAUCUUACAUGCAGCCAGGUUUGGCACCUGGGCAACAGUACAAUGUGUCCAUUCAUGUAGUGAAAAACAACACCAGAGGACCUGGACUGUCCAAAGUGAUAACAACAAAGCUUGAUGCCCCCAGCCAGGUCGAGGCAAAAGACGUCACGGACACCACAGCCCUCAUCACAUGGUCCAAACCCCUGGCUGAAGUUGAAGACAUAGAGCUCACCUAUGGCCCCAAGGACAUCCCAGGGGACAGGACAACCAUUGAGCUCUCUGAAGAUGAAAACCAGUAUUCCAUUGGAAACCUGAGGCCGCACACAGAGUAUGAAGUGACACUUGUCUCUCGUCGAGGGGACAUGGAAAGUGACCCUGUGAAAGAAGUGUUUGUCACAGACUUGGAUGCUCCCAGAAACCUGAAGCCAGUGUCCCAGACAGACAACAGCAUCACCCUGGAGUGGAGGAACAGCCACGCCAACGUCGACAACUACAGAAUCAAGUUUGCCCCCAUCUCUGGUGGAGACCACGUGGAGAUCACGGUGCCAAAGGGCAACCAAGCCACAACCAGAGCUACACUCACAGGUUUGAGGCCUGGAACUGAGUAUGGCAUUGGAGUGACAGCAGUGAGGAACAACAGGGAAAGUGCCCCUGCUACCAUCAACGCUGGUACUGAUCUUGAUAACCCCAAGGACUUGGAAGUCAGUGACCCCACUGAAACCACCUUGGCCCUUCGCUGGAGGAGGCCGGUGGCCAAGUUCGACCGCUACCGCCUCGCUUACACCAGUCCCUCUGGCAAGAGGAGCGAAGUGGAGAUCCCAGUGGACAGCACCUCCUUCAUCCUCAGGGGGCUGGAUGCAGGCACAGAGUACACCAUCAGCCUGGUGGCAGAGAAGGGCAGGCACAAAAGCAAACCCACGACUGUCAAGGGUUCCACUGAGGAGGAACCCGAGCUUGGGCAGCUGUCAGUCUCCAAGGCUGGCUGGGAUGGUUUCCAGCUCACCUGGACAGCAGAGGACGGGGCCUAUGAGAGCUUUGUCAUUCAGGUGCAGGAGGCUGGGAACCCCGAGGAGAGCCGGAACGUCACAGUCCCGGGGGGGCUGCGCUCUGGGAAUGUCACAGGCCUCAGGGCCAACACCCCCUAUAACAUCACACUCCACGGGGUGCUCAGAGGCCGCAGGACCACCCCCCUUUCUGUUGAGACCACCACAGGAGAGCACCCCGAAGUUGGUGAGCUCAUGGUUUCCGACAUUACUCCCGAAAGCUUCAACCUUUCCUGGACAGCCAACGGGGCCUUCGACGCCUUUACUAUUGAAAUUAUUGAUUCUAACAGGUUGCUGGAGCCCAUGGAGUUCAACCUCUCAGGCAAUUCAAGGACUGCUCAUAUCUCAGGGCUUUCUCCCAGCACUGAUUUCAUUGUCUACCUCUCUGGGAUCUCUCGUGGUUUCCGCACACAGGCAAUAAGUGCUGCAGCUACAACAGUAGAGGAACCUCUCCUUAGCAAACUCACUGUAUCAAAUGCUACCUCAGACAGCCUGUCACUCACGUGGGAAGCACAGGACAAUGCCUUUGACCAUUUUAUCCUAGAGGUCAGGAACUCUGACUUCCCUUUGGACUCCCUGGUGCUCACAGUGCCGGGGGCCUCCCGGCGCUAUGUGGUGACCAACCUCAAAGCUGCCACUAAUUACACUGUCCAGCUCCAUGGUGUAAUUGAUGGGCAAGGUGGGCAGACCCUGACAGCACUGGCAACCACAGAGGCCAUGCCCCCCCUGGGAAACCUCACUGUGUCUGACAUUAACCCCUAUGGGUUCACAGUGUCGUGGAUGGCAUCGGAGAAUGCCUUUGACAGCUUUCUAGUGGUCGUGGUGGACUCUGGCAAGCUGCUGGACCCCCAGGAGUUCCUCCUCUCGGGAGCCCAGCGCCAACUGAAGCUUAAAGGCCUCAUAACUGGCAUUGGCUAUGAGGUUGUGCUUCAUGGCUUUGCCAAGGGGCACCAAACAAAGCCCCUGAGCGCUCUGGCUGUCACAGAAGCAGAACCCGAGGUCGACAACCUCCUGGUUUCAGAUGCCACCCCGGAUGGAUUCCGCCUCUCCUGGACCGCAGAUGACGGGGUUUUCAACAGUUUUGUUCUAAAAAUCAGGGAUACCAAGAGGAAAUCCGACCCCCUGGAGCUGAUAAUCCCAGGCCACGAGCGCACCCAGGACAUAACAGGGCUCAAAGAGGGUACUGAGUACGAGAUUGAGCUCUAUGGACUUAGCAGUGGACAACGUUCCCAGCCUGUAAAUGCAGUGGCAGCCACAGUUGUGGGGUCUCCCAAGGGAAUUUCUUUCUCGGACAUCACGGAAAACGCUGCCGCAGUGAGCUGGACCCCGCCCCGCUCCCGCGUGGACACCUUCAGGAUCUCCUACGUCCCUGUCACGGGGGGAACUCCAAACGUUGUUACAGUCGAUGGCAGCAAGACAAGGACCAAGCUGGUGAAGCUGGUCCCGGGUGUGGAUUACAAUGUCAGCAUCAUCUCUGUGAAAGGCUUUGAGGAGAGUGAACCCAUCUCUGGCAUCCUGAAAACAGCUCUGGACAGCCCCUCAGGCCUGGUAGUGGUGAACAUCACCGACUCUGAGGCUCUGGCAACCUGGCAGCCAGCAAUUGCUGCUGUGGAUAAUUAUGUGGUGUCCUAUGCUUCUGAGGAAGAGCCAGAAGUCACCCAGAUGGUGUCAGGGAACACAGUGGAGUAUGACCUGAAGGGCCUGCAGCCUGCCACCGAGUACACGCUGAGCGUCCACGCGCUGAAGGACGCGCAGAGGAGCGAGACCCUCUCCACGCAGUUCACCACGGGACUGGAUGCUCCAAGGGAUUUAAGUGCCACUGAGGUUCAGUCAGAAACAGCUCUGAUGUCUUGGAGGCCUCCACGUGCUCCAGUCACUGGGUAUCUCCUGAUUUACGAGUCCAUUGAUGGCAGAGUCAAGGAAGUCAUCCUAAAUCCUGAUACAACUUCCUACAGCCUGGCAGAGCUGAGCCCAUCCAGUCAGUACACAGUGAAACUCCAGGCCUUAAAUGGAUCCCUGAGGAGCAAAACAAUCCAGACUGUUUUCACCACAACUGGGCUGCUCUACCCUUACCCCAAGGACUGCUCCCAGGCCCUCCUGAAUGGAGAAGCCACCUCUGGGCUCUACACAAUUUAUGUGAACGGGGACAAGGCUCAACCUCUGCAGGUCUUCUGUGACAUGGGCGAGGACGGGGGCGGAUGGAUUGUGUUCCUGAGGCGUCAGAACGGGAAGGAAGAUUUCUACAAGAACUGGAAGACUUACGUGGCAGGUUUUGGAGAUCCCAAGGAUGAAUUCUGGAUAGGCCUGGAGAACCUGCACAAAAUCACUUCUCAGGGGCAGUACGAGCUGCGUGUGGACCUGAGGGACAAGGGGGACACAGCCUAUGCUGUCUAUGACAGGUUCAGUGUGGGGGAUGCCAAGAGCAGGUACCGCCUCAGAGUGGAUGGGUACAGUGGCACAGCAGGUGACUCCAUGACCUACCACAAUGGAAGGUCCUUCUCCACCUUUGACAAGGACCAUGAUUCUGCCAUCACCAACUGUGCUUUGUCAUACAAAGGUGCUUUCUGGUACAAGAACUGCCACCGGGUCAAUCUGAUGGGCAGAUAUGGGGACAACAGCCACAGUCAGGUGAGUUUGGGGUUGGAAGCUUCUGUAAUCCAUGAGAAAAAGGAGAAUUGCAAUAAUGGACCCGUCUGA